AUGGAUUCUGAUCAAUUGCGAAAAGGACUGCGGCCAAUUUUGGGCACCGGGUUAGACCUUUCUUUCCAGAGAAUCCGACCCGGCAACGGACUUAGCAAUGAUACUCCCGCGGCGGAAGGGAACACUCCUCGCAAGCACCGCCUGUCUCUGAGCAAGAAAGCAACGGCACGACCGCCAAUAUAUCACACUUUGGCGUGGAAUAGCCAGACGUCAAGCGUCACCACGGAACCUGUAUCCUGGGACGAGAAAGACAAAAUCAUUAAAAAAGGUGAUGAUGAUCCCCAGAACAACCUCUUCUACCAGGUAUAUGAGUGGCUGCAGCGCGAACAAUCGAGACGGAGAGCGUCCAGGGCGAAAACACUCGGCCAAGUCGACGGUACUGGGAGCGAUGGGGACGAUGAGGAUGACGAGGUCGUCGUGGAUGAUCACCAUUUGGAGAAGACCACUUCUCACAGCUCCGAACGCACGCUAGCCCUGGACCAAUUAGAGAAAAUCCUCCUUAAAUAUGCUGCCUCAUGCAGCUUGGGUAACGGACCUGAACAGCCUGACCGACGCCCGGUCCGUCGGCGCCACCAACCGAAGGGACUCCGGAGAAGUUCCGCUUCGGAAUCCGACUACCCAGACCUAGAUUCCGCGACACCUGGUGUUGACGCAAUGCUGGAUAAUUCGAAGACCCUUGCUUAUAGCGGUGGCAGCGCGGAGGCUGAUGAGAGUGAAAAUGGCGCCAACACCCGACGGGCCAAGGACCGGGAAGCGUGGAUGGGGUUCAAAAGUGAAAUCCUGCGCUUGACGCAUACACUACAGCUUAGGGGAUGGCGCAAGAUUCCGACGGAAUAUGCCGGGGAUAUUGAAGUUGUUCGACUUAGCGGGGCGUUGACUAAUGCAGUGUAUGUGGUCACUCCGCCGCAGAACAUUCCUACCCCGAAGGCCGACGAUGGGUCAUACACUCUCGUGCCUAGAAAGCCCGCAUCAAAGCUUUUACUUCGAAUUUACGGUCCGCAAGUAGAUCACUUGAUUGAUCGAGAUAAUGAGCUACAGAUCCUUCGUCGUCUCGGGCGGAAGAAUAUCGGUCCCAAAGUGCUAGGAACAUUCAAAAAUGGGCGGUUUGAGGAAUAUUUCAAUGCUCGUCCCUUGACCCCGAAAGAUCUCCGGGACCCCGGAACCAUGAAACAGAUCGCCAAGCGUAUGAGAGAGCUCCACGAGGGCAUUGAUCUGCUGGAAGAAGAGAGGGAGGGCGGCCCGAUGGUAUUUAGGAACUGGGAUAAAUGGGUUGAUCGCUGCGAGAAGGUCACCAACUGGUUGGACAAGGAGAUCUGUUCUAAGCAGAACGAGACAAAAGCGGCCUCCGAGCCCUGGCGGCGGCGGGGUUUUGUAUGUGGAGUCCCAUGGCCUACGUUUAGAAGGGCCGUUGAAAACUACCGGAAGUGGCUUGUCUCCAGUCAUGGGGGUAUGGAUGAGAUCAAGCGAGAAUUGGUUUUUGCGCAUAACGAUACCCAAUACGGCAACCUUCUCCGGAUGGAACCUAGCUCAGAAUCGCCGCUCCUUCGCCCCGAAAACGAGCACAAACAGUUGGUGGUUAUUGACUUCGAGUAUGCUUCGGCGAACACCCCUGGAUUUGAAUUCGCCAACCACUUCACUGAGUGGUGCUACAACUAUCAUGACGUAGAACGACCUUGGGCAUGUAGCGUCAAAGAUUUCCCAAGAUUGGAGGAGCAGCGUCGCUUUAUCAGCGCUUACUUGACUCAUCGGCCUGGAUUGGCGGGACAGUAUUCUCCCUCCAUCACUCCCCUCAUGCGUGGGAUGUCUUCAACCAGUACAUCCAUGGCGCCUCUGAGCUUGGAUGAUGAGCCAGACGUGGAUGCUCCAAGCCAGGCCGAAAUCGAGAAGGCGCAUGAGAUCAGUACAGAGAAGGAGAUUCAGUCACUGAUGAAGCAGAUGAGACUCUGGCGAGUGAUCAACUCCGCGCAGUGGGUGGCAUGGGGAAUUGUGCAGGCAAAAGCACCGGGGAUGGAAGAGGGCAUCGCAGCGGAUGAAGCGGCAGCAAAUGGUUUCGAUGACUCGGCGUCGACGGAGACAGAGGGUACCCACUCAACCGGGUCCUCUGCAACCGAACCCGAGUCCGAGACGGACGAGUUCGACUAUCUUGCAUAUGCACAAGACCGAGCCUUGUUCUUCUGGGCGGAUCUGCUGUCGAUGAACCUGAUGCGCGAGGACGAGCUUCCCGCCGCCAUGGUGGAGCAGGUUAAAACUCGUAUCAUCGAGUACUAA